CAACAAGAAAAAAUAAUUCAUCAUCAUUAUCAUUAGAACCAACAACACACAGUUCAACAUCAUCAUCACAAGCAACAACGAAUGAUUUAAUAUUAUUAUCACCAACAACAAGAAAAAAUAAUUUAUCAUCAUUGUCAAUAACAUCAGUUAAAAACAAUUCAGUAUUUGUAUCACCAAUAACAAAUUCUGUAGAUCAAACAAUGAUAGACAUAUCUAAAUGUGAUUUAAAUUGUUGUAGUUCUUCUAAAGCAUAUCAUCCACUUAACCCUUUCCGUCCGGAUGUUGCCAUAUGGCAACAUUUAGUUAGUUUUUUGCCCAAAAUUGACCUAUACUAA